AUGUCGGAUCCCGCGGCUCCCUCGUCGCAGACCUACCUCUCUACCAGAGGGGGUGACUACGGCCUUUCCUUUGAAACCGUGGUGCUCAAGGGCCUCGCUGCCGACGGCGGUCUCUUCCUCCCCGAGGCCAUUCCCGCCGCCACGGAAUGGCAAAGUUGGAGCGACUUGCCCUACGCCCAACUGGCCUUUCGCAUCCUGAGCCUCUACAUUUCCACCGACGAGAUUCCCGCCGCCGAUCUGAAAGACAUCAUCGACCGCAGCUACUCGACCUUUCGCGCUCCCGACAUCACGCCUCUGACACACUUGCGCGACAACCUCCAUCUCCUCGAACUCUUCCACGGCCCUAGCUACUCCUUUAAAGACUGCGCCCUGCAGUUUCUAGGCAAUCUCUUUGAGUAUUUCCUCGUCCGCAGGAACCAAGGCAAGGAAGGAACAGACAGGCAUCAUCUCACUGUUGUCGGUGCCACGAGCGGCGAUACUGGCUCGGCUGCCAUAUACGGCCUCAGAGGCAAAAAGGAUGUCUCCGUAUUCAUCCUGCACCCCAAGGGCCGCAUCAGCCCAUUGCAAGAGAAACAGAUGACGACCGUCUUGGACGAAAACGUUCACAACAUAGCCAUCACCGGCACCUUUGACGACUGCCAGGACAUCGUCAAGGCCCUCUUCGCCGACCCCGGCACCAACGAAACCAUAAAGCUCGGCGCCGUCAACUCCAUCAACUGGGCCCGCAUCCUCGCUCAGAUUGUCUACUAUUUCCAUGCCUACUUUGCCCUCGCCAAGACGUCCUCGUCGUUCAAGAUUGGCGACAAGGUCAGAGCCGUCGUUCCGACCGGCAACUUUGGCGACAUUCUGGCUGGCUACUUCGCGCGUCGAAUGGGCCUUCCCAUAGAGAAGCUCGUUAUCGCAACCAACGAAAACGAUAUCCUGGACCGCUUCUGGAAGACUGGAAAGUACGAAAAGAACCCUGAGCAAGCGGGCGGCGUGCGUGAGACGCUAAGCCCGGCCAUGGACAUUCAGGUUUCGAGCAACUUUGAGCGCCUGCUCUGGUACCUCGCUUUCGAGUUCGCGUCGGGCGCCGGCAUGGACUAUGAAUGGAGCAAGACUCAGGCCUCGCAAGAAGUGACGGCGUGGUUGACCGACUUGAAGAAAAAGGGAGGCUUCGGUCCCGUCUACCUGGACGUGCUGGAGAGCGCGCGUCGCACGUUUGAGAGUGAGCGCGUGACUGACUCGCAGACGAUUGAGACGAUAAAGAAGUACUACAAGGACGUGGGCUACAUCCUGGACCCCCAUUCGGCAGUGGGCGUCACCGCCGCGGAGAGGUCUAUCUGCAGGGCCGGGGAGCAGAUGCCUCACAUCUCUCUCUCGACCGCUCAUCCCGCCAAGUUUGCUGCCGCUGUCAACCUGGCGCUGGAGCAGGAGCCGGGCUUCGAUUUCGAAACAGUGCUUCCGGCUGACUUUGCGGCUCUCGCCCAGAAGGAAACACGCGUCACAGAGGCGGAGAACUCGUGGCAGAGCGUAAGAGGCAUGGUCCUGGCGCAGGUUGAAAAGGAUCUGAAGCAUUAG